AUGGCCAGAGAGCGUUUUCUUCACCUCCAAGGUGCGCGGUUUCUGUGUGCCACUUGGGUGCUAUGCGGCCGCUUUCUUCCUGAUGCCCACGCAGGCUUCUGGCUGUUCGGCAAGCGCCGCCUCAACGUGGCUGCGGACAUCUUCGCCGUGCUCAGCGGCUUCGUCUCCGGACUGCAAGCGCCGGCCCAAGAAAAGACCUCCCCUACCGCCUUGGUUCAGGAAUGGUCACGACUCGGACGCCGGAUGCUCCGGAUUUUGCCGGCGUUUUGGCUGUCGAUGCUAUGGAGCCUCCUUUUCGUCCGACCAUGGCCACCUUUCAAAGCCCUGCAGUGCGCACUGCUGGCAGAGAUAUGGGGCGAGGAGAGCCACUUCCUCCCGCUUGCGGCGCUGCCAGAUUUCUGCCUUGGAGCAGCUGCAGCGCGCUGUGUGGAGGAGGCACCGGACGAAGCCUUGGGGGAGAAAGUGUCGCACUUGGCACCAGACCCUUGGGAGUCCAGCCGACUGCAUUUUGCUGACGUGGCCAAGCAACUUGCACAGAGCACAUCUCGUAGUCAGAGCCUAGUCUCCGGGACCUGCCACUGCGACUUUUCGCCGGCCUACGCCAACCGAGCCAAGGAGCGGGUGCGGCUCUUACCGGGAAAGGGGGCGGCCUCAGUGCUGCUGGACUUGGUGUCCGUGUCUCCUCAUCCAUCGUCGGAACCUCCCGAUCGCCAGGCGAAGUUCAGUCUUUUGUGUGCUGCCGCGCCGCCGUGCCUGCAGAUGCCUGCAGAUGCCUGCAGAUUCUUCGGAGGUGCUUCCACCACCGCCACCUUCAUCGCAGUUCAGUGGUGGUGGCAUGACGGCGCUGCAAGCCCUGCGCCUUCUUCUGGAAAUGUGAUGGCUGCCAGAGCGGCAUGCCUGUUUUGCCAUUUGUGCCCGCCUGACGAAAAGAAGCGCCGGAAGAAGGAGCGCCGCUUCGUGGCUUCAAUGGGUACGACUCGGCAGUAUGAGGCGCAGGCAUCGCCAACCCGUCUGCAACGUUCGGUACGGAAGGUGCCCGAAGCAGCGCCGAUGAAAGUGCAGGUCGAUCGUGUGAACCAUGUCCCGUACCUGCCCGAAGAGCAGAUUUUGCUGCCCGAGGAACCGCAUCAGCUGCAUGACGAGGUUCCCACCCAAUACUCGGAGUACCAAGACUACGACUACGACUGUUUGCCAGGCAUCGUCGCGCCGGAGCUACGUGAUGUGGAAGCGCAGAUCAUUCAAAGAGCCCUGAUGGAGCAGGAGGUGGCAGAGGUGGAAGCCGAAUGGGGCUAUCGUCCACCACCUUCCAAUGGUCGUGUGCGCCUGGAAUUGGACAAGGUACUUCCCACCUACAGCUAUUCGGGAGUGUACUCCGACGACGAUGACGACCUCGAUCUGAACGCCUUGACUGCCUCGCCCAGCGCUGGCCCCUUUGAAGAUGAAGACCAAGAUACUGACCUGGGGGCAGAGCUUCCAACGCUUCUGGCACCGAGCGACACUCUGCCGAGUGAUGGAGUGGGAAGUGACGAAGACAAAAACAACCAAGACAGUUUCUUCUCCUUCGUAGAAGCAGGGCCGGAUUCCACUGGCCUCACGCUUGAAAGGGAGUGGGUUGUGGAUGCAGGCCGCAUACCAUGGGGCCUGCUCGCUGAUGCCUGUGCUGCCAUCAUCGUGAGCCUCGUGACCUUCGUCCCUGCUAGCUUUAGGAAUGCCUGGGAUGAAGCUGAGCUCUUCCAGGAGGCCUCGAGCUUUGACCAUUUCUUGGCGCCCUUGAUCGCCAGCUUCCUCCUUUGCUCCUCGCAAGGUGGGGGCAAGGGUGCUGUUCAGACAGUGCUCAAGCAUCAGUCUAUGGCGAGCCUGGGCCACUACAGUCUGUACGUCUAUCUCUUCCAGGAGCCGCUCUUCAGGUCUAUCGAAGCCUUCGUUCCCGACCUUGAGGAUUCCGCCGAAGGGUUUGUCUUCUUUGUGCUAUGCCUUUGGCUGAUCUCUGGCCUGUACGCCGAAAAGGUCGAACCGAUGCUGCUAAAGAUCUCGGUGAGCUCUGCAUCGAGUGACAGCGAACCCACCGAAAGUACAUCCUGA